GCCGCUACCGGAGCGGAACCGAAAGCGAAGGCGGCUCCGUGCGGCCCCGUGGCGGCCGAGGCCGCGCCCUUCCCCUCCGGCGGAGCGGAGCGGUGCGCUGCCCGCAGGUCGGUGCGGCGGUGGGAGCGGGGCGGGCCCGGCCGCGCGGGGAGGCGGCCGCCGAGACAAAGCCGAGCCCGGGAGGGGCCCCGCGUCGCUCCGGGGAUGCCGCGCUGCGGAACGGCGCCGCUUCUGCUCGGGGUUGCCCCGCUGCCCACCUGCGGGAUGCGGGGGAGCCCGGGGGGGAGGCGGGUCGUGCGUGGGCAGCGGGAGCCGCCUGCGCGUCCCCAUCUGGGCUCCGCUCGGCGUCUGGAGCCCUCCGCGUCGCUUUGGGCUUGCAUGGAGUUGGGGCAUCUGCGCACCUUUGCAGAGCGAGAGGUCGGGUUUGGGGAAAAGCGGCCGGCAAAACCACGGAGCCCGUUAUGCUUGGAUUGAGCAGCGCCGUGCCGGCUGUUAUCAGAUCGGGGAGGGUGCCGAAAUCCCAUUUUUGUAAAGGAGGCUAUAGGGAACUCGGGGUGAGCAGGAGAAAGCCCUGUGGAUGCAGUGAGCCCCAGGGCAGAUCCCACAGCUCGUGCUUGGUAUUUGUACCCCUCGGAGCACCGCCAGCGGCCGGGAUGAGGCCGGCAGCCUCACCAUGCCAUCCUGCAUCCCCGGCAGCUCUCCUGCUGCCCCUCAGCCCUCACACCGCCACGGAGGGCCCGGGCUGCUGCUGAGUGCCGGCCGGCCCGCCAUGGAGUCGCUCAUCGUGGUGACCGAGUGUGAGGCGACGGCGAGCGAGGAGGAGAUGAGCGUGGCUGCCGUGGAAGAGAGCCGGGAGCCCAGGGCGAAGCUGAACCUCUCCGGCCGAAAGCUGUCCCUGCAGGAGCGCUCGCAUCCCGUGCGCUCCCCUGGCAGUGGCGACAGCGAGCGCUUCAUCUACCCGUCCCUCCCCUACUCACCAGUGACAUCCCCGCACUCAUCCCCGCGCCUACCGAGGCGGCCGACGGUGGAAUCCAACCGCGUCUCCAUCACCGGGCUGCAGGACUGUGUCCAGCUCAACCAGUACAAGCUGAAGGAUGAGAUCGGGAAGGGCUCCUAUGGGGUGGUGAAGCUGGCCUACAACGAGGACGACAACACCUACUAUGCAAUGAAGGUUCUCUCCAAGAAGAAGCUGAUGAGGCAGGCGGGCUUCCCCCGCCGCCCUCCACCCCGUGGGGCCAAAGGUGCCUCAGAGGGCUGCCUGCAGCCCCGAGGCCCCAUCGAGCAGGUUUAUCAGGAGAUUGCCAUCCUGAAGAAGCUGGACCACCCCAACGUGGUGAAGCUUGUGGAGGUGCUGGAUGACCCCAGUGAGGACCACCUGUACAUGGUGUUCGAACUGGUGAAGCAAGGCCCCGUGAUGGAAAUCCCCACCCUGAAACCUCUCAGCGAGGACCAGGCUCGGUUCUACUUCCAGGAUCUGAUCAAGGGCAUUGAAUACUUGCACUACCAGAAGAUAAUCCACCGGGACAUCAAGCCUUCCAACCUCCUCGUGGGGGAGGACGGACACGUUAAAAUUGCCGACUUUGGUGUCAGCAAUGAAUUCAAGGGAGCCGAUGCCCUCCUGACCAACACGGUGGGCACCCCUGCCUUCAUGGCCCCAGAGACGCUCUCAGAAACCAGGAAAAUCUUCUCUGGAAAGGCUUUGGAUGUCUGGGCGAUGGGAAUCACGCUGUACUGCUUCGUUUUUGGGCAGUGUCCUUUCAUGGAUGAAAGGAUCCUGAGUUUACACAAUAAAAUCAAGACCCAAACAUUGGAGUUCCCAGACCAGCCAGAAGUUACGGAUUUCUUGAAGGAUCUGAUCAUGCGGAUGCUGGAUAAAAAUCCUGAAUCAAGGAUUUCAGUCCCUGAAAUCAAGGUACCAACCCGAAGCCCCGGUGGUGGCCGUGGCUUCACUUCCCAUGGGGUUCUCUUCACUUGGCUUUUUCGGGCUCAGUUUGCUUGCACCAGGUUAGGUCCUCCUGCAUGCCCAGGGCCCCCGGGCAGGCAAGUACCUUGCAGCAGCCUUUGGCAAGAGAUUUCUGGCCCUUCGCCCCUGCGGGAACCUGGAAGGGGCGAGAAGCUGAGAAAAUGGAGACGAAGGCUGUGUUAUUCAUUGAAGUUGCAUCCGUGGGUCACCAAGAAUGGAGCGGAGCUGCUGCCCACUGAGGAUGAGAACUGCACGCUCGUCGAGGUGACAGAGGAAGAGGUGGAGAAUUCGGUCAAGCACAUCCCCAGCCUGGCCACCGUGAUCUUGGUUAAGACGAUGAUCCGGAAACGGUCCUUUGGGAACCCAUUCGAGGGCAGCCGGCGGGAGGAACGUUCACUGUCAGCCCCUGGAAACCUGCUGCCCAGGAAGCAAGGCAGUGAGGAUAACCUGAAAUGCAACGACUUGCCCAACGUGGGAGAAGAGGAAGUCCUUUCAUGACCGGUGGCUUUAUGGUUCUGUUGAGCUGAACUCGGUCCGGGGCACUUCAUCGAGUGUGCAGCUGAGGAUGAGUGGCAUUAACAGAGCCCCCACCACCCCCAGCAUGACACGGCGCUAUUUCAGUGUAACGCUGGAUGUAGAGUUUGCAUAGCAGCAUGUUUAAGACAUCCGACUACCGUACCCGUCAUAAACAUUGACCAUCUCUGCCUGAUCCCAGAGAGGUGAGGGAUGGUGUUGUGCAGCGACAGCACGUUGCAAACGAGCAGGCAAACCAAACUGCGUUUGGAACUGCUUUUGCCUGGCUUUCAUGCCAAAGGGAUCUCCCACCAUCCCAGGGGCAGUGUGUGCCUGCCUUGUUGGGUGCACGCGGGACCGUGAAGCUUCUGCGGAGCGCAGCAGUGAAACGACACUCGUGCUGUGAGGGUUGCUGCAUCUGUUUCUCGUUGUUUGGUUUCGGUUUUAAUUGACGCCUUUUUAACUGCAUGGGAACAAAGCAAAAAAAAAAAAACCCACCUUUCCAGCUUUUUAUUUAAAGAACGCCUAUCUUUGUGAGCCAAGUUGUAUUCAACAGCAUUUUCGGGACGUUCAGAAAUGAGGUGAAAGGCAGGGUUUGAGGAUGCUGCCUCUCCUGAGGUCUCGGUGUUGGGUAAGUUCAGUAUUCAGUGUAUGAAGGGAAAAGGUUCUCAAGGGCUUAAGUUCAGUUUGAACUAUUUUUGCUGCAGACACGAGAGCGGAAGGUGGCGUUUAGCUGAACGUUUUGAACAGCAGAGGAAGCACUAACAAGAGUUUGUUCCUAAAUCUUUUACUUGAUCUAGAUAGCUAUAUUAUUAAAUACAAAAUUCAGGGUAAAAUCCUUCACUUCCAUGUACAUUACAUGGUUUACUACAAUUAAAAAUAAUAAAAUGUAUGCUAUUUUUUAAGUAUAGACUUAGGGCUUGCUUAGAACUUAAGAUCUUGCUGAAAUACCUAGAUUAGCUAGUGAUCUUUUUCAAAGAAACCUCUGUUUUCCAAACUCUUCAUUUGGACUCUGGGGCCAAUGCUGUGCGUUUUUCAUUAAGUUCAUUACCAGUAAUUGUGAAUGCCUGGGGGUCAGAGGCUCCCUAUUAAAUUAAGUGGAUGCCUAAUUAACGGCUUGUUUGUUAUGAAGAGCUCUUUCACCUGCAGUCAGAUUACUCUGAUCAUUUUGUGGUGCUUGUUUAAAAACAAAAAAAUCUCUGUUGUGGUGGGAGAGCCUCUGGCUUCUGGCCUCACGUUCCCAAGGUCUCAAAGCUGGAGCAGGGCAGCCUGUAGGCGAGCUGUGGCAUCGGGGCUGGGCUGAGCAAAGGGGCUCACGAAGUACAUUUGGUUUGGUGGCGCAUGGGGCUGGGAGGGAGAUGAGCGAGCUCGCCUCUGCCUCCUCAUUGAUGGGGUUGUGCUGGAUGAGGGAGGAUUCAGGCAUCCCAAGUGUGUGAGGUACAGCCGAGGCUGAGCUCUUUGCCCUGAGGAGGAAGGCACUAUAGGAAAGGGAAGUCUGUGGUUGCUGGCCGUAGCUGCUGUAGGCUUUUAGGACGUGACUGUUCCUAUGUCUUCCGUGAUCUUGGCACUGCCAGCAGCAGAGCACUGAGGUUCCUGGCUCAGUAAUUCCUCCUUACCACGAGCCCUCGUUAAAUUCAGGUGGUGUUAGCAAGUGCACAGGUGCCUACAGAGCUGCCCCCAUAAGUCUGAUCACCUGAAGCUAUGCUUAUCCCAGGCUGCAGUUAAUUAAUGAAAGAUGGUGCAGCUGGCCUCUCCAAAGCCAGUGCCUGUGGUUUGUGGCACAGCAGCAGUACCGUGGAGUUUGGAGCCAUAAGACACGCACUGUUUUCCUCCCUUUUUAGUCCGAGGCCGUGCCAAAGCCCUGCAGCUUCAGCUAUGGGAAAACCAAACAGGUAACUGGGGUGCCUGCACUGCUAAGGCUGCCUGCUUCCAUCUCUAAACAGGACUUCCUCUCUGUGGAAGCAGUGAGUGGGAGUGGGUGGUUUGGUUCUGUAACUUUGUAAAUGGGCUUAUUUUGCCAAAACAAAAAAAAAAGGGGGGCGGGGGGGGGUUGGGGGAAGGGAGGGAUCUGAUGACUUGUACCUGGUGCAUAGUGAUGUGUGUGGUGUGUUCUUGUUAAAGGCAAGUGAGCUGUUGUGAUGCUCUGUGCUCAGUACCUCCAGUUGGUGAUGUGGCAGGUACCUAGCAAGUCAGUUUCAAUUUACCAAACAGCCUUGCCAGGUGCAAUGCAGCUUCUGAACAGAGUAACCUGUCCCGGUUUCCCUGUGCCCAAUCCCAGUUACUCAGAUAUUAGCAUAGAUUGGUGUCUUAUGGCCAGUUGGUUCAUAUGGAUCCCCACGGCUUGGCUCUUGGUGCCAGCUCUGGUAGGGCUGCAGCCAAAUGCAUGGUUCUCAAAGAAACGUGAUGUCGGUUUUCUUGUCGAUGCGUUUUGUUGAAAGCUUGGAUGUGUGAGGAAGCUAUAUCUAAAUGCAUGACCUGUUAGAGAAGCUGUACUGUACAUAUAAAUCUGCUCGGUUCCCUGUCUGCUGUUCUUUAGUAGUAAAGCUAGCUUCUUUCUUACAGUGAAGUAAACAUUUUGCUUGUGCCUUGGAACUGGGUUACAGCUUGAUUUCCCCAACUCCCCUCCUUUCAAGCAAGCCCAGUGCUGACUGUGGAGUUAACGCUGGGUCCUCAGCCUUUAUUUGGCUCAGAAAGCACACGGGAAAGUGCUAAGGGGAAACCAGGCCUCUUGUCCUGAGUGGGGUUUUUUUUGGUGGUCCUCUCUUACCUGUCAGGCAACUGACCUGUUUCUUUUCUAGAGCCCUGAACUAUUGCGGAUUUUUAUACUGUUUAAUGACCAAGGCUUGUGUUUAAUUCCUACCCCCUUUAUUAUGCAUUUAACUUUAUCAGGUGUAUCAAGUUUAAAUACUGUGUAUUUACCACUUUUAAAUUAUAUUACCUAAGAAGAAAACAACUAAGUGUUUUUCCACACAGCUGUUCAAGCUUCUCUGUACAAGCUGAAAUAAAUGAUGUGCAACCAAA